AUUCACAUAAAAAAGACGUCUUUUUCGAAGAAAUAAAUCCUCUGUACAGGUAAUCAUAAUCCACCGACGAGAAGUUCAUUACGGAACGUAGAAGAGCCGAUGAGACCCCGCCCCCGCUGGGCUCCUCAGCCUUCCAAAUCUUGAAGCCUUCUCCGCCCCCCCCCCCCCCCCCCCCAACAAUCAUUCCAGCAGUCUACUCUUCUUGGAUGUGUAAUGUUAAGGUUUGUUUCUAAUGGAGGAUCGUCGCACGCCUCCCUUCCUAGCUUCGAUCCCGAAGCCUGCUUCUUCUCCUGAAGGUGUCAGAUUUGAUGGCGUUGUAAACCCUAGCUUUCAUGGAUUUGGGGCGUCGGGCCUCAAAAAGAGGGGGCAGAGUGGCCGGUCGUGGAUACAGAUAGAUAGUAGCGGGAACUCGCAGGUGAUUACGCUGGAUAAGAUCGCUUUGCUGCGGCGAUGCGGGUUGCCGUCCAGAGACUUCCGGCUUCUGGAUCCCGUCUUCGUCUACCCUUCCACCAUUCUCGGUCGAGAGAACGCCAUCGUCGUCAGCCUCGAGCAGGUCCGGUGCAUCAUAAUGGCGGAUGAGGUUCUGCUCAUGAGAUCCUCCGACGGUUCCUCGACGCACUACGAAUCUGAGCUGUGCCAGCGGCUUCGAAGGAUGAAGGAUCAAAAUGAUGACCUGCCAUUUGAGUUCAAGGCUCUGGAGCUCGCCCUUGAACUGGUGUCUGCAUCACUUGAUUCCCAGGUAACCGAGUUGGAAGUUGAGAUUUAUCCUGUGCUAGAGGAACUAGCUUCAUCCAUUAGCACCACCAACCUUGAGCAUGUUCGGAGACUGAAAAGCCAUCUUCUUGCCUUGACUCAUAGGGUUCAGAAGGUGCACGACGAAAUAGAACAGCUCAUGGAUGAUGAUGGGGACAUGGCCGAGAUGUAUUUAACCGAGAAGAAGGAGAGGAUGGAGGCAUAUUUAUCCACCGACGGAUACUUGAAUAACAUUCAAUCUGGCAACUGGGUAUCACAGUCUGCACCUGUCUCGCCCACAUGUUCUAGUACUGGUCAACCAGAGAAAGACUCGAGCAAUAUGAGCUUCAGCAAGCAUGAGAGCUCAAGAGGAUCAUCUACUAGGGGAAGACAUGUUGAAGAACUAGAGAUGUUACUCGAAGCAUAUUUCGUUGGCAUCGACAACACUUUAAGCAAAUUGUUAUCUCUUAAAGAGUACAUCGACGACACAGAAGACUUUAUAAACAUUAAGCUGGACAACGUUCGGAACCAGCUCAUCCAGUUUGAGUUGCUGCUUGCAGCUGCUACUUUCGUGGUGACAUUAUUUGCAGUCGUUACAGGAGUCUUUGGCAUGAACUUUGAGGAUUCUGUGUUUGAUACUGCUUCCAAUUUCAACUGGGUGCUGAUCAUAUCGAGCAUAUCCUGUGCAGUAAUCUAUUCUUGUUUCUUGCUAUAUUUCAAGCACAAAAAACUACUUCCAACGUGAGAUGUUUUUUGUCAUCCCAAGUUCAAUCCUUGUCUUGUUUUUUUUCCUUUCAUGUAAAUUUAAUCUCAUUCUUCUACAGCUUAGACAUAUUUUGUAUGUUAAGAUUAUUGCGUCAGGUAACUUGCAUAAAAUUCUUUGAAUUUUACAACAUGGAGCCCCCUUUUCUGCUCCUCUUUUCA